AUGGAGCGGGGGUUGUAGAUUCGGCAGACGCUUCAGCGACAAAGACUGCUGAACUUGCUGAGGUUUCACGAGUGACUAAGGAGAAAACCAGAGUACCCAGACGAAACCCCCGCAGGCACAGGGAGAACAUGCAGAACUCCACGCAAAAAGGCCCCAUCCAGGCUUCAUACCAAGGACCUUCUCUCUGUCAUAAAUGGACAUACACGGGGCCGGAUGGAGAGGAGCACUGGCAUGAACACUACCCCUUCUGCCAUGGGACGUUCCAGUCGCCCAUUGACUUAAAUUCAGAGCUGCUUAGGUACGACCCAACCUUGGUGCCCAUCGAGGUGUGGAACUACAACCUGUCGUCCUAUGAGCAGCUGACUCUGGGCAACAAUGGACACUCAGUGCAACUGUCCCUGCCACGCAGAAUGCACCUCUCCGGCCUGCCUCACCGCUACUCGGCAGCCCAGCUCCACCUGCACUGGGGCUCCCCCACCAUGCCUGCCGGCUCCGAGCACACCGUCAAUGGCAAGCAGUUCACAGCCGAGCUGCACGUGGUGCAUUUCAAUUCAGACAGGUACCCCAAUGUCUCUGUGGCGGCGGACAAGUCGGAUGGGCUGGCGGUACUUGGGAUUCUGAUUGAGGUCGGAGACUACAAUCCAUCCUUCGGCCAGUUCCUUAAAUAUCUCGAUGGAGUCAAAUACAAGGAUCAGAGAAUCCAGGUUCCGGCCUUUGACAUCCGAGGGCUGCUUCCCGCACAUAUGGACGAGUACUACCGAUAUGACGGCUCCCUCACCACGCCUCCCUGCUACCCCAGUGUGCUGUGGACAGUCUUCAGGAACCCCAUCACCAUCUCAGAAGAGCAGUUCCUGGCCCUGUGCACGUCCGUGUUUUCCUCCAGCCAGCAGGAGUCCGCACCUGUGCCUCUCAAUGGGAACUACAGGAAGUCGCAGGAUUCGGAAGACCGGAUCAUCUUGGUGUCCUUCCGGGAGGGCAGAGGACUGCAUGGUACCCUUACAGUGGCACCGGCUUUCCUGAGAAGGCAAGUCAUCCAGCGUCUGAUGGCCGACCAGGAUGAUGAUGAACCGUCACGGCUGCUGGCCAAAACUGGCCACGAGCCAGGGGCCGACAAGAAGUGGACCGACCGCAUGAGCCAGCGUAGCUUGGGCCCCAGUACUGUGAAGCAGAAGAGGCAGCAGUCGGUGAGGCCUGUGGACAGGGCCAGUUUUGGCCCCAGCCACUGGAAAAACCCCCGGCCCACGGGCCGCGUGAGGAAGCCUGGGCUUUUUAAGGACAGGCUGUGCUACAGCUCUCUGGAGAAGAAGGUCCACCGCCAGCUGAAGGACUCUCGCGCUGAGCACCAGCUGAUAGAGGCCCUGAGGGAGGUCCUCUUCCCAGAGCUUAACGUGAGGAGCUACCUGGCCUGCAGGUCCGAACUGGCCCUCCCCACUGUCAGGUUCCUCCUGCAGGGCCAGCCCAUGGACAAGGCUGCCGAGCAGGACAUUUAUGCUGCUUUAGCCUCCUACGGGUCACCGAAAAUUUCCUCCCUGCACCCGCUACACCAAACGCAUGCAAAUCAAAAAGGCCAUCACCAAGCCAUGGCUCAGAAGAACACCGAAAACCAGGCUCGCCCCAAUCCCAUGUUCCUGGGGUGGGAGUUGGAGGACUAGAGCCGACAUCAGGCUGGGAAUGAAGCCCACCGUGUAAGAUAGGCAGAGCAGAUAGUGUGCACCUAUUACAAGCAAGUUCAUGGCUAACUUAGCACCGCAUGUCUUGUACUCGUAAGUGUCAGAAUUCUCAAAGGAAUAGAGAUCCUUUCCCAAAAUCCCUGUCAAGGUUUAAAUAAAUGAUUGUACUGAUACAGAUUAAAGAACAGCCAAUGGACAUACUUAUUUGAUUAGAGCUGGGAGGGGAAUAUUAAAAGAACAAUACUGUUGUAGAACUUUCCAUUUAUUUAAGAUAAAGGACAGUAUCCUGCAUUAGGGGGAUUUCUCCUUGUGGAUGCUAUGUCUUCUUGAUUCUAGUCCAGUAAAUCUCAGACCAUGAUACACAUCAUGGCUUGGGCUGACCUGCUUUGUGCAUGAGUGUGUCUUGCGUGGGAAGCUUGACCUCUUCUCCAUUUCAUUUCAAAAAUGUAAUUUGGGCUGGCGGUCUGAGAAUCAAAUAUUUUUAUAUUUAAUUGGCAAGGGUUCAUUUCAGUGUGGUAUUUAUUAUAUAUUGGCAUGGUAGAUAUAUAUAGACUAGGGCAGCCAAGCAGAAAAAAAUAGUAAGCAUGUAAGCAUUUAAACAUUCCUUUUUUAAAAACAGUGCUACUCUUGGGUGUGAUUUGAAACAUAAGGGAAACCACAUAUUUAAUUGACCUAGUUUUUAUGUGGAAUCUUUGGCAUGCAAAAUAAAAUAAUUAUAUUAUGUUUAACAAAUGUGAAAACUUACUGUCUGGCUUUUCAUCUAUUCAUGGCUGCUGGUGAUGGAUCUUAAAAAAAGAAAACAUUUGUGUAUCUGGCUGGAUAUAAGCACCAUAUUUUCUGCUUGGUUUGUGGGGCCAUCUAUCCGGUCGGUAUGUCCAACCAAAGAUUUUUCCUGGGAUUAAUUUUUUAAAUACACCUUGGCUGUUAGUCGUGUACGAUUUAAGAUCAGAGAUCAGUAUAUGGAAUGUGUAAUUUGCAGUUUGCGAACAACAAAUAGCAACUUAAAAGACCAUGUAAUACAAAAGUACUAUUUGUGUUGACCAAAUUCAUAGAAUUGGAAUGUAAAGCUUUGUACAGCCAAGGUGCUCUAUUUGUGAUCCUGUCUAGUUUCAGAUCAUAAGGACUUGAAUAAUGAUUGAAAUCUUAAGGUGCAACUGUUAUAAUCAAGGGUAAAACUGCUCCACAGAAAGUUUUGUCUUCAAUUUUUCACUCUUGAUGCUCACCAGAGGCACAGUUCCCUUUUGGUAUUUUUGGUCUAUCUUCGUCUUCAGGUUCCUGACUUCAAUCUCUGACCUGUGACCUCUGUGUAUCUCUGUGGCUCAAACUUGUUUUCUUCUCUCUUUCUUUCUCUUUCUCUUUCCAUG